AUGACAAUUUAUUUACAAAAAAAUAAUAUUGCUAGUCUGCAGACCAUUUUUAUUGAGGCGACGAUUGCUGUUUGCGUGGUGGGUGAUUGCGGACCAAAGUUAAAAUACGCGUGGGGUGAUGCCCUCCAAGGGACUGAUUGUCCUGGUCCAGAUGGAACCCCUUAUCCCAGGCACCUUGUAAAUCGAGCCUUGAAAUCAUCUUGGGGACAGACACGGCAAGGCAGGAUGGCUCGGGUCCUUAACCCUGCGGAUAUGAGACGCGCGCUUCUUGACGCACACGCGGGUUAUUCUGAGGGCGUCGUCAAACCUUCGAGCGGGAAUCGAAGCGCAAGAGCCACAAACCUGCCUGGCCUCACACCGGGUAAUACGAACACGUGCGGUGGUUCGAGACUGUGUCGGACACGAUACAACACAACUGCGCCAAUGUAUGGCGUGUCUCUCACAUCGGGUCAACCUGUGACUAUCGUGCAGAAGUUUCCUGAUCUACUCCAGCAAGUUGUGUUUGAAGUUUGCGAAUCAAGCGAAUGCUCCGUAGUCCGUGGAUCGUGUACUCAAACAUACGUUCCCUAUUUAUUCCUAGUACUACCUUUAGGGCCAGUAACAUUAACAGGGCAGGAUUAUGUGUUAGUUGAGUCGGGAUGUGUUUGUAGACCUGAUCCUAUGCCCUAGUAUUUUAAUUUAUCUAGGUUUAAGACUGUAUAGUGAAUAUAGUGCUCAAAAUGUAUUAUUUAUAACUAUAAGAACAUUUUAAAAUGUGAUUUGCA